AUGCCUAAGGGACCCAUCUCCUCACCACCUCUUCAACCCAAGAAAGCCCACGGUGUCGUGGACGACGACGCCCCCAUCGACGACUACGACGACGCCGUUCACGAGCGCGAGAGCGAGAAUGUCCACAAACUGGCUGAUGAGCCGAAUAUUGCUGCUGCGCGGAGGGCAAAUAAGCCUGGUCCGACCAACCUAAAUCAGGAGAAGGGAGGGACUGGGUCGCAGAAUCGGUCGAAGUCGGGCCAUUGA